GUCCUGCUCGUGCCGGCGGGGUCCAGCGUCGUUGGUGGUUGGCGGCGGCGGCGGCGGCGGCAGCCGGGAACGGGAAGGCUCGCUCGCUCGCUCGCCCGCCUGCCGGCCUUGCUCUUCUGGUCGCGGCGCCUGUGCCCGGCGCCAUCUCGCCUCUCCCCAGCGGCGGCGGCAUGUCGGGCAGCGGCGUGAAGAAGCGCGGCUCGGCCGCCUCGUCGGGGCCCGAGGAGGAGGAGAAGAUGAUGCUGGACGGGGCGGGGGGCCCGGCGGCGGCGGCGGCGGCGCCCGGGGCCGGGGCGCACGAGAACGGCUCGGCGGCGGCGGACGGCGCGCUGGCGCCCGAGGCCGGCGGCGGCGGCGGCGGCGUGGCGCUGAAGCGCAACAUCACGCUGCUGAACGGCGUGGCCAUCAUCGUGGGCACCAUCAUCGGCUCGGGCAUCUUCGUGACGCCCAUGGGCGUGCUGAAGGAGGCCGGCUCGCCGGGGCUGUCGCUGGUGGUGUGGGCGGCCUGCGGCGUCUUCUCCAUCGUGGGCGCGCUCUGCUACGCCGAGCUGGGCACCACCAUCUCCAAGUCGGGCGGUGACUACGCCUACAUGCUGGAGGUCUACGGCUCGCUGCCGGCCUUCCUCAAGCUCUGGAUCGAGCUGCUCAUCAUCCGGCCCUCGUCGCAGUACAUCGUGGCCUUCGUCUUCGCCACCUACCUGCUCAAGCCGCUCUUCCCCACGUGCCCGGUGCCCCUCGACGCCGCCAAGCUCGUCGCCUGCCUCUGCGUCCUGGUGCUCACAGCGGUGAACUGCUACAGCGUCAAAGCCGCCACCCGUGUGCAAGAUGCCUUUGCGGCCGCGAAGCUCCUGGCCCUCGCCUUGAUCAUCAUCCUGGGCUUCGUGCAGAUUGGCAAAUGUGAUGUGCCAAAUCUGAGUCUUGAACACUCGUUCGACGGCACGAACACGGAGGUUGGGAACAUUGUCCUGGCUUUGUAUAACGGCCUCUUUGCCUAUGGAGGCUGGAAUUACUUGAAUUUUGUCACAGAAGAAAUGAUUAAUCCUUACAGAAACCUGCCUUUGGCGAUCAUAAUUUCUCUGCCCAUCGUGACCCUGGUUUACGUGUUGACCAACUUGGCUUACUUCACAACCCUGACGGUGGAUGAGAUUCUCUACUCCGAAGCCGUUGCCGUGGACUUUGGGAAUUACCACCUGGGCGUCAUGGCUUGGAUCAUCCCUUUCUUUGUCGGCCUCUCAUGCUUCGGCUCCGUCAAUGGGUCGCUCUUCACUUCCUCCAGGCUUUUCUUCGUUGGUUCCCGUGAGGGUCACCUGCCCUCUGUUCUGUCUAUGAUUCAUCCCAGGCUCCUGACGCCGGUGCCUUCCCUCAUCUUCACGUGCGCCAUGACUUUGCUCUACGCCUUCUCCGACGACAUCUUCAAGGUGAUCCUCUUCUUCAGCUUCUUCAACUGGCUCUGUGUGGCCCUGGCCAUCAUUGGCAUGUUGUGGCUGCGGUACAAGCAUCCGGAGCUGGAAAGACCCAUCAAGAUCAACCUUUCUUUGCCCAUCUUCUUCAUCCUCGCCUGUAUUUUCCUCAUCGUUGUCUCCUUCUGGAUGACUCCGAAGGAAUGUGGGAUUGGCUUUGCCGUUAUUCUCAGCGGGGUCCCGGUUUACUACGUCGGCGUCUGGUGGCAAAAUAAACCUAAGUGGCUUCUUCAGGUUAUAUACUCCACCACUGUCCUGUGUCAGAAACUGAUGGAGGUCGUCCCACAGGAGUCUUAAAAACAGGGAAAGUGUCGACAUUCAGUUCAAGCCAACACACAAUAUUAUUUUAAAAAUGCGAGUACGUCUGAUUCCUCGUUUAAUAAAAGAAAAAGAAAAAGAAGAGAUAGAAGCCGGGGAUUUAGCGGAGACCACGCCUAGAGGCCGGCCGGCCACACGGCCCUCCCCUCCCCCUUCCUCGCUUCCUUUUCUCACCCAAGCCAGGCAGCUGACAAGACGCAGGAGGAGACGAGGUCAAGGUGCGAAUCCAGACGAGAAGCUUCUGCCGGGAACUCUAAGAGGCCUCAGUAGAUCUACAAACAGGGAAGCCAACAGGACAUUACGUUUACAUGCGGACUGGACUCCUCGUCCUGCUCUCGAAGAGUCCUCUUUCUUUAGUUAGCGGCUUAGAUGCUUCGCCCCGGGGUUGCUUUACGAACAGAAAACCAAGUUGCCAAGAGCAGCCGGCAGCCCAGAGCCGCCUCUGAGCUCCCUCAGUCAUGCCGAGGGUAGCUGAUACAACCGGCAAUGCAGGGUUUUCUUGGACAAAGGUUUUCCUGAGCGUAACACUCCUUCGCGCACAAGGAUAGGGGCCCCACAAAACACACCCAAGCAAACGAAAACUGAUGCUGACCUGCACAGAUAUCAGCUAGUUCAAAUCCUGACGGAUGUGGCCGCCCCAAUCCGAACUUCUUCUUUUUUUAAUUAUUGUUGUUGUUAAUCGUGUUUUUUUUUUUAGGGAUCUCUUUUUAAACUUUUCCCCACCCUUUCGGACUCCCAUGUAGUACCGCCUUGUGUUGACUUAGAAUAAACGUUUUGUAUGUUG